AAGCCCAAAUUUGAGGUAAUAUCGUGAUUCCUUAAUCCCAAUCAAACGAACCUGCGGUAAUGAAAACACCAAUCUUCGGAAAACAGGUGUAAUUCCGAAGAUAGCUUACAUCAAGCUGAGGUCGCGAAACCGAAUAUGGCGUCAAAGAUGAAACUCUGUGUGGGCCUGUGGACAGCCGAUAAUCCAAGCUUUUGUACCAUUCCCUCUAUGUACUUCAGUCAGGGAGCAAUCUGUUCCUGAAAGGUACGAAGAUGUACUCGGAUUUUAACAUGGGAUGUCUCUGCUUGGAACCAUGCUGUGUGGUCAAAGGCCAUAGCGUCCCCAUUGUCCCUAAUUUUCCGCCGCUUUUGUGACUUCAUUACCUAAAGUAAGGUACUGGCCACUUGAAUCUUCUUUGUCCUUGUCUCAGUUCCCAUCACUUGGGGCCAUAGACACACAAAGGUCACUGCGGCACCCAAAAAUCGAUAUAAACCCGCUGCCACACGGACACUUGACAGCAUGUUUUGAUUUCCGUCUCCCCUUUUGCUACUACGAUGUCGAUCCCAUCUGACCAUACCACGCACUCAGACUCCCCUCCACCGGCAAACCCUGAACCACCGCCUGACGAUGAAGGAACUCCCUACAAAUUCACGUUACAAGGCUGGAUACAAUGGUGCAAUAAAUACAUCUACUACGACGACCUGCGAGAAAUGCUCAUUGAAGAGAUGACUGGCCUUUUCGUUGGGCCCAUGCCCCCACACAAUUUCAUCGACGCCCUCAUGAGGCUGAAGAAGAAACUGAAGGCCGCGCCAAAAGUCGAUUUCUCCGAAGUGCCUUUCACGGGAGUCGAAAAGGAUAUGUACGAACCCUUAUGCAACGCUAUCAACGAUUCUCUCGUCUGCCCUGGCUUCAAGUUGGUCGACGUUUCGAGCUCAGUAGACAAGAAUGGUAUUCGACUGCGCCCGGAUCUUGUACUUGUACCCACCGACGCUAAAGACAUGAUGGACUAUACGAUCAUGGAGUUUUUCGUCGAGGUCAAGGUCGCAAAACCCGCAGACCCUUUUUACGACAUCAAUAGCAAGGCCUUGAAAGAAACCAUCGAGAAAAUGAAGGGAGACAGCGCGGAGACUCGUGGGCAGAUCACAAGCUAUGCAGCUGCAUUAUUGUCUCGUCAGCAUAGAACGUUCGCAUUCUCUAUCACCAUCUGUGGCCAAUAUGUUCGCUUCUUCCGUUGGGACCGCGCUGGAUGUAUUGUCAGUGAUACGUUUAACUUCCUCGAAGACUCACAUCUUUUGGCCGAAUUUUUCUGGUGCUAUGCCCAUAUGACACGCGAACAACGUGGCUUCGACCCUACUGUGGUACCUGCUUCUGCAGCCCAGGCCAAACUGCUCUCUGACGCUCUGUCGCAAUACAUCAAGGAGUCCAGGCCCCGCAACGUCAGCUAUCUGCAACCCAAACCCGAUUCUACCUAUCCGAUCUCCAAGAUGCAGGUUCCAACGACGAAUGGAAUUCGCGAGUUGAUCGUUGGCAAACCUUUCCAGGAUAGUAACUCUCCUUGUGGACGAGCGACAAGGGCCUACGCUGCAUAUGACCUGGUGGAGAAGAAGGUCGUCUUUGCCAAGGAUUACUGGCGUGACGAGGGUAAAGGGCUGCUUUCAGAAGCUGAGUUCUAUGACAUACUCAAGCAGAGCAAUGUACCCUUUCUGCCUGAAGUCAUUGCAGCUGGGGACUUGUAUGUGAAGCCAAAGCAGAGGAAUGCGUGUCAGAAGACAUAUACUCAAAAGUAUUCCCCUAGUAGGGCCAAUCGCCCGAAGUGGUGCCAGCCAUGUGCGGAGCUGCGGACCCUGGUUCAUUGUAGGGUCGUUCAAAAACUCACCUUUCCUCUCCCGUCUGCGCUCUCAUCGAAGGAGGCCGUUCAAACUAUUCGCGAUGCGAUUGAAGCUCUCAAGGUCGCGUAUCACCACGGCAAGGUCUUUCAUCGCGACAUUAGUACUGGAAACAUCAUGAUCGAUGAAUCUGGUCGCGGGAUCCUCAAUGACUGGGAUCACGCACAGAAAGUGGGUUUCAAGAACAUAACUCAAACAUAUCAGACAGGUGUUUGGCAAUUUAGGUCUAUCUUAUUGUUGCGACAUCCCAAGAAAGGCCACGACAUUCAUGAUGACCUGGAAUCCUCAUUCUGGGUUCUGCUUUAUAUUUCUCUCCAUUAUUUCGAACACAACCAAGGAAUCAUUCUCGACUUCAGCUUCUUCGACGAAUACAAGAAGCAUGUUGGACUCAAGAAGCAAGAAGAAGAUGUCCGGGACAACUGUUAUUCAAUGAAAAGUUCCUCUAGGAAGAGCUUCCUGACUGACGGACUGGCCGACGUCCAAUGGAAGUGCGCUCCAUUGAACAAACUCAUCCACGGGCUUAGAAUUUUCUUUGAGGAUUAUUUAUUCUAUCAUUCGAGGCAAGAUGAUGACAAACACAUGGCUUCCUUCAAGGACAUACAGGAGAAGACGGUUCAAGUCGAUGUCAUCCUCAAUUUAUUCGACAGUGCUUUAGCAUCUAACGAUUGGCCGGAGAACGACGCUCUAUCUGACCAAUACCCGCCCAUGACCGACAAGCAGACGGCUCAACUGCUUCAUGAUUUGGAGUCACGGGCUAUUGCUUCUGCUGCUCGGAAGAAGAAGAAGUCUACUGCUCUCGCUGUUGGACGGCGUGCAUCCGUCCCUUCGACUGCUCUAGGUUGCAUGCGAAUUCGGUCGUGUAUUCCUGGAAUACGUUCCAGCAAACGAUUAGCCCAACCGAAGAACGGACAGCAAGCUCCUGCACCGGAGGCAGAGCCCUCACAACUCCCUAUGAGUUCUCACGGUACAGUGAAGAGAAGACUCAAUGAAGACCCUGCAAAGUUAUCGAGUUUCCGCUCGAAGCGGGCAAAGAUUGCAAAGUGAAGGCCUUCAAACGCGCACCGCCGCCCGAGCGAUCAGCAAAGGCGCAUCGGUUUCCUACACGUUUUGAGUUGAGAAGCUGAACAGUGCCAGUAAGAGUGGUUCGCCCAACAAGUUAUAGCAGGAAGACGUCGAAAUGCAUCAUGACCGAUGCCAAAAUCCCAGUCGUUCGAAGACGAACGAGACACUGUCAUUGUCAGACAAAGGAAGGGAAACAGACAUCGCGAGGGUAAUAAAAGGCGGGUUCUUCAAGUCAACCGAAGUUAACGGUAGUCUACCUCAGUUGAAGUCGAGUACACGUAGAUGUUGAUGAUUGUACGACUUUGCAUUAUACAUAUAACUUAUAAGUACCCCUUC